UCCUGGGAAGCCCUGGCGAGGCGCCUUCCACCUGCUGGAGGAGGGGCCGGGGCGGAGCUAAGAUGCGGAGGGAGGUGACGCACAAGCUACCCAGCUCGCCCGGCUCGCGGCCCCGACCCCCACCCAGGCCCAGAUCGCAGUAGGCUCCUCGGGCUGCCCCUCGGUUAAAAAUGGUUUCCAGGAUGGUCUUUACCAUGCUUUCUGGCCUACUGUUUUGGCUGGCAGUUGGAUGGACUCCAGCAUUUGCUUAUAACAGCCAGGCCCCUGACCGGCUCUCAGAAACAGAUAUCCAGAGGCUACUCCAUGGUGUCAUGGAGCAGUUGGGCAUUGCCAGGCCACGGGUGGAGUAUCCAGCUCACCAGGCCAUGAAUCUUGUGGGUCCACAGAGCAUCGAAGGUGGAGCUCACGAAGGGCUGCAGCACUUGGGUCCUUUUGGCAACAUCCCCAACAUCGUGGCAGAGUUGACUGGCGACAACAUUCCCAAGGACUUCAGUGAGGAUCAGGGCUACCCAGACCCUCCAAAUCCCUGUCCUGUUGGAAAAACAGAUGAUGGAUGUCUAGAAAACACCCCUGACACAGCAGAGUUCAGUCGAGAGUUCCAGUUGCAUCAACAUCUUUUUGAUCCGGAGCAUGACUACCCAGGCUUGGGCAAGUGGAAUAAGAAACUCCUUUACGAGAAGAUGAAGGGAGGACAGAGACGCAAGCGGAGGAGUGUCAAUCCAUAUCUACAAGGUCAGAGACUGGACAAUGUUGUUGCAAAGAAGUCCGUUCCCCAUUUUUCAGACGAGGAUAAGGACCCAGAGUAAAGAGAAGAUGCUGGGUGAAAGCCAUGCUGCCUGUUAGGCCUCAGUAUCGCUUCUGUGCACGUGUUCUUAGAGCCCCCCCCCCCGCCGUGAAUGGCUGCAUGUUUCUUACCUAGAUAAUUAUGGAUGAAAAGCAAGCUGUAUUAUGAUAUUGCAUCAUCUUCACACUGAUGGCUCUGCUUUCUGCUAAAUUAGAAUAAGAGCUUUUAUUGUUUUUUCAUUUUAAUGUGAAUUUGCAAUGAUCGCUACAAUUAAAAUGUAAAUGUCAACAACAGUAAAAGCAAGGAUAUGAAAUGUCCAGAUUUCUUGGAGUUUAAAAUGGUGUUUGGGGUUGUACUGUUUUCUGUUUUGGUCAAGUCUAAAAAGCUGGCAUUUGAUUGCUACACCAGUAAAAGAGUCUGCACUCAAAAGGAGGAGCUGACACUUCUCACUUGGCUUCAUCUUAAUAAAUAUGUAUGCAAGCA